CUGCACGUGUCUGACCCGUUCGAGAAUUCUUUCUCGUCCAGAGUCAAGAAUCCUCCCGCAUCCACGUUGAGGUUUCUCCUAGUGCUUCACCUAGCAAGCAGGGAGAGACCCCACCAGACGCAGCUGCCCAGCAAGUCUUAUCAGUCGAUAUGUCAGCGUCCUCUACCAUGUCAUUAAAAAAACCAACCAUUUCUAUAAAGUCAAAAUAGUCAAUCUUUAGUGGUCUUUUCCUAUCUCAUUUCUCUUUUUCCCGUAUCUUUUCUAAGUCUUACACGACCUUCUUCACCGUUUUUCUUGUUUACUUGGGUAUCCCAGCCUCCCAGCCUUUUGCAUCAGCCUGCAGGAAGUUGCUCUCUUCAUUACCAGAAUUCACCACGCCUGGGUUAGGCUGCGUACCUUUUAGAAAUGAGACUAAUAAAAAGGCCCAGGAAAUCGUGCCCUGGCUUCCUAAAUUUCAUCUUUCUUAACGGCUUCAGCUACACCCAAGACCCAUCCAAGGAGCCGGAAGCCUGGGCUCUCCGCCCAGGUGGCAGCUAUGUGUGUUUACAAGCCUCAGGCAGCCCCUGCUGACGAGGUAAGGAGCAGAAAAACAGUAGUAAAUGAAGUGCAGCCUGGGAGGAGCCGCAAGCCCUUCCACGGCAGCCAGACAAGGACAGUCCGCGCCUCCUACGCUCCCCGCGGAGACGGUCGCGCUCGCGAGUGACAAGAUGGCGCGGUCCCCGCGGCCACCUCGGCGGGGUAGGGGGGCGGAGCGGGCGGGACCGUGCAUGUCACGUGACCACAGCGGGCCGGGCGCCCUCGCUACCCCAGGAGUCCGGUGGUAACGCAGGCGGCGUUUCUGCCCCUAUAGGGGCGUUCUCCGUAGUUCCCCGCUCGGCCGCAAGGCUGUCCCUCUAGCAAUCGGGGCCAGAAAAGGGGGCGCUAGGCCCUGCAGAGGCGGAACCGGGUCCUUGUAACCAGCGCCGAGAGGGGGGUCGGAGCUCCCGGCAAGGGUCUGAGCCGGAGGAGACCGUGCGGGCGUCCUGGGGGACGGCCAAGCGCGGAGGGCGAGGCUUCUUGGGGAGAUGCAGGGCAUGUUGCCCAGGCCAUGGGUGCCGACGGGGACUCGGGGGUUCCCUCGGGGCUACGACCACUUGCCGAGGGCAUUUCACAGGUUUCCCAUCGUCCCCCAGCCUGGAAUCCAGCAGGAUUGAAACACGGCUUCAACCAAAUGUUCUCUUUCCUCUAAGGAGAGGGGCUGAGCCAGUCAGCCCGAAAGGACUUAAGUGGGGUGCCCGGUCCUCGAGGGUGGAAGGAGAAGGGGUUGAAGGGAGCGCGGGAGCGAGAGCGCCCUUCCUGACCAUCAAAUGCCUCCAUCUGUGUUGCCGUCUCUGCUGAGUGGGCUUGCCGCGCUCACCAUCCGGGAGGGAGGACGGCCGACGCCCGGUGGGCUCUGACCGUGCCGCCUUCAUGUCGCUGCUGACGGGGACUCCGGGGGGAACGGGCAUGGGGCGCAGCCUCGCCCUCCGCCUUCCCCGCCUCCCAGGCGCAGGGGCUGGCGAUGUGGAGACGUGAGGGGACCCUGGCUGCCCCGGGUUCUGCAGGACUCCACCAGGCAUCCGCGCGUUCCUCCGUGCCCGGGGCGGGAGAGACUGGCGUGGCGCUCCGAGGCGGGCGGGCGACGAGCGAGGGGCACCAGCCUCGCCAUGGGGCACAACGACAGCUGGAUCUCCCGAAACGCCAGCGAGUCGGGCAACGCGUCGGGCGCCCAGGCGGCAGGCGGCAACCUUAGCGCGCUCGGGGCGUUCGGCGAGGCGCAGCUGUACCGCCGGUUCACCACCACCGUGCAGGUCGUCAUCUUCAUAGGCUCUCUGCUCGGAAACUUCAUGGUGUUAUGGUCAACUUGCCGCACAACCGUGUUCAAAUCUGUCACCAACAGGUUCAUUAAAAACCUGGCCUGCUCUGGGAUCUGUGCCAGCCUAGUCUGCGUGCCCUUUGACAUCAUCCUCAGCGCCAGUCCUGGCUGUUGCUGGUGGAUCUACACCAUGCUCUUCUGCAAGGUUGUCAAAUUUUUGCACAAAGUCUUCUGCUCUGUGACUAUCCUCAGCUUCCCUGCCAUUGCCUUGGACAGAAUUAGGUCUAGAAGCACAUUUCACUGCGCUUCAUUCAUCUCUGAUCACCCAUGGUCAUGUUGUGUUUGCAUCGUAUUUCCUUCCAUCUGGAACAUGCUUCCCCAGCUUGUCCCCUGCCAGACUCUACCACAGUGCCAUCUUCUCUUGACAUUUCCCAGGUACUACUCAGUUCUCUAUCCACUGGAGAGAAAAAUAUCUGAUGCCAAGUCCCGUGAGCUGGUGAUGUACAUCUGGGCUCACGCAGUGGUGGCCAGCAUCCCUGUGUUUGCAGUCACCAAUGUGGCCGACAUCUAUGCCAUGUCCACCUGCACUGAAGUCUGGAGCAACUCGCUGGGCCACCUGGUAUACGUUCUGACCUAUAACAUCACCACAGUCAUCGUGCCUGUGGUUGUGGUCUUCCUCUUCUUGAUAUUGAUCCGUCGGGCCCUGAGCGCGAGCCAAAAGAAGAAGGUUGUCAUAGCAGCGCUGCGGACCCCACAGAACACCAUCUCUAUCCCCUAUGCCUCCCAGCGGGAGGCCGAGCUGCACGCCACUCUGCUGUCCAUGGUGAUGGUCUUCAUCUUAUGUAGUGUGCCCUAUGCCACCCUGGUUGUCUACCAGACUGUGCUCAAUGUCCCCGACACGUCCGUCUUCUUGCUGCUCACUGCCAUUUGGCUGCCCAAAGUCUCUCUGCUGGCCAACCCUGUGCUCUUUCUUACUGUGAACAAAGCUGUCCGCAAGUGCUUGGUAGGGACCUUGGUACAACUGCACCACCGGUACAGCCGCCGCAAUGUGGUCAGUGCAGGGAGCGGGCUGGCUGAGGCCAGCCUGGAGCCCAGCGUGCGCUCAGGCAGCCAGCUCCUGGAGAUGUUCCACAUCGGGCAGCAGCAGAUCUUCAAGCCCACAGAGGACGAGGAGGAGAGUGAAGCCAAGGACACUGGCUCAGCUGAACUCCGGGUCAAGGGGAUCCUGAGCACGGGUCUGGAGGGAGAGCAGGGGCCACCGUUUGCACCCCCUGCCCCACCCCUGGGCACAGUGGACUCCAUAUCCCGGGUGGCACCAGCAGCCCCUGGGGAACCCGAGACAUUCCCUGAUAAGUAUUCUCUGCAGUUUGGCUUUGGGCCUUUUGAGUUGCCUCCUCAGUGGCUCUCAGAGACCCGAAACAGCAAGAAGCGGCUGCUUCCCCCCUUGGGUAACACCCCAGAGGAGCUGAUCCAGACCAAGAUGCCCAAGGUAGGCAGGGUAGAGCGCAAGAUGAGCAGAAACAAUAAAGUGAGCAUUUUCCCCAAGGUAGAUUCCUAGUAAGGCUUGUGAAUCCCUGGAAGCAGCAGGGCGCCCCCAUGCUCCUGCCCUCCCUCCGCUCUGGCCCUGUGGUUUGUUUGUUGUCCUUGCAACCAAGUAUGGGUUGACUCCUCCUGUAUGGCCCACAUGCUUUUGAACGAGAGGGAAGCUUAUAUAAAGUCAAUUGUCCUCUAUUGAGGGAGUCUGUAUGUCUCCCUCAGUGUCCCACGUCCUUAGGGAAGUCCACACUCCUCUCUGUGGAGAUGGAAGCUGGGCAAUGUGGGACAGGUCUUGGGUCAUGAGUGUUUGCUGAGGACUCCUCAGUUCCCGGGGCCCUGCGGAGAGUACAGGGAGAGGAGCAUCUGUGAGUCAAGGGGAGCAGGGGCACCCUAAGGGAGCCCAAGAUAAUUAUGGAGCUGUGUGGCCAUAAAGAAAAUGUCUCUUUGAUUGACAAAAAUAUGACAAAUACUUUAAAUUUUAAUAUCGAUCUGUAUCUUCAGGGAAGAUAGCACCUUGGCAUUUGACAUCUGUUCUCUGGAAGGUCUGAUCAUGUGACUCUGAGUUUCUUCCAAAGCCUCAUCCCUUUCCCUGGGAUAUAGACAAGAUAUGGCUGUUCCACCCCGACUUGACAGCUCUGGCAAUAGAUGUGCCCCAUGGUGAGGGAGAUGUUCUGAGCUUGGUUACCCUGCCAUUCUCCUGGCAUCACUAAGGCCUCAGAAAGGUAUGUGUGCAGUGGGGGUUGGAAGACUCUGCACAGUCUUACUGUGGCUUUCCACAAAUUGUGGGAAAUUGUAGUCUUGAAACAAAUGAGACAUAAGCAAAGAGGUAGAGAAGAAGACUGAGAAAUGUCUGUGCAUUUCUCUUUUCUCCUCCCACAUGCUCUCACGUGAUGUGCUAUGAGCAAUCAGUGGGAGUAAAGUAUAUUGAAAAAAUUUUCUGUGCAAACGUUUGGAAUGAAAAGGU